UCUUGACUCGCGCUCACACAGAGAAUUGGAGCAGGCUUCAAGUCAUUCUGUAUUAUAUAUUCAAUUAGAGGCUCUGAAACCCCACAGAAAAGGAGCAACUAAUUAAAAUGUUUUGGGUGGCUGUAGCCCUUCUUCUGUUCUUGCAACUUAAUGGCGGUCACUCUUGUCCAAGCCAUGAAAGAGAUUCCCUUUUGCGUUUCAAAGCAUCUGUUGUUGAUCCGUACAAUGUACUACUCAACUCAUGGCAGGGUUUCAACUGUUGUGAGUGGAAUGGAAUCCAAUGCCAUCCUCACACAACUCACGUCAUUCGUCUCGAUCUCCACAGUCCCUUUUAUGCUCUGAGUAAUAACAGCGGUGAUGUUCUUUCCCCAUUGUUCAAUCUGGGACAGUUGGAGCAUCUGGACCUAAGCUGGAAUAAUUUCAGCGGAGUUUCCAUCCCUCCUGGAUUGGGCAGACUCAAGAGUUUGCGCUACUUGUGCUUAUCAGAUGCUGGGUUUAUUGGAGAUAUUCCCACGGAGCUGGGGAACAUGUCUACUUUACAGUACUUGGAUCUCUCUGACAAUGCUCUGAGAAUGAUGCAAAUGUGGACGUGGACUGGAAACAUGAGAGAUUUGCAGGAGCUGAUCCUGGACGGAGUGAAAAUGUCGGGAGUGGAAAACAAUGAGUUGGACGACGCUCUCUCCACCAUGUACACUCUCAGCCGUCUUCAAAUGUCCAACCGUGAUCUUUCUGGAGAAAUUCCCCAUUCCCUUGCCAACCUCACCAAUCUGACUCACCUCUAUCUUGAAGGGAACUAUUUCAAUGGCAGCAUCCCUUCUGUCCUGCUGAGCCUUCCAAGACUUACAGAGCUCGAUCUGAGUACCAAUGUAUUGACUGGUAAAAUCCCUUCCUUGGCCAACCUCCCGUCCCUUGCCGACCUUGACCUGAGUAAUAACCUUCUGAAUGGCAAAAUCCCCACUUCCAUUGGCCAACUCUUAUCUCUGGAAUCGCUUGAUCUAAGCCACAACAAAUUAGAAGGUGCCAUCCCUGUAAACAUUUCCAAUCUUUCCAAACUGGGGAACCUUUUGCUGCACUCGAACCGGUUAUGGGGGGAUUUUUCAGAGUCUCACCUUAAUAAUCUCAGCCAACUUGUCUAUGUACAAGUUUCCGGUAAUCUCUUAACUGUCAAGUUCAGUCCAACCUGGAUUCCAAAAUUCUCUUUGCAAACGCUGGGAUUAAGUUCAUGUAACAUCGAAGGCGGAUUUCCAACAUUCCUAAUAACUCAAUAUGAGAUUAACUCCGUGGAUUUGUCCAACAACAGUCUUGCAGGAAAUAUUCCCCAGUGGAUAUGGGGUGUCCAAUCCCUUGGGUUUCUUAAUCUUUCCCAUAAUCACUUUGCAGGAGUUCUACCUCAUUCGUUGAUGGGUAGUCAAUUCGGGAUUCUGGAUUUGCAUAGCAAUAAUUUACAGGGUCAGCUUCCGAUCCUUUCUAAUGGGCUAUGGUUGUUGGACGUGUCAGAGAAUCAACUCAGUGGACCCAUUCCAGCAGAAAUUGGUGAGUAUCGUAAACUUGGAUAUCUCUCUCUCUCUCGAAAUCAUCUCAACGGUAGCAUUCCAUCUUCUAUAUGCAAAAUAGAUAUUGUGGAUCUCUCAAAAAACAAGCUUACAGGUAACCUUCCCGCCUGUUUAGAAAAUUCUUCUUCAAUUGAGAUGUUGAACUUAGAGAACAAUCAUUUGGAGGGCAAUUUGUCACUGCAGUUUGCAAACAUGCCUUCUCUUCAAACAUUAAAAUUGGGUGGAAAUGGACUAAAUUCGUAUAUCCCAUCCUCUCUUGCAAUGUGUACGCAGUUGGAGAUACUAGAUUUGAACAACAACAAAAUGAGAGGGAACAUACCAAAUUGGAUAGGGAAACUUUCAAACCUUAAGAUUUUGAUCUUGAGAUCAAAUAGAUUUGAAGGCAAAAUACCUUUAGAAGUUACAACUUUGCCACUUCUUCAAAUAUUGGAUCUUUCAUCCAACAGAUUUUCAGGAAUCAUUCCAGUCAACAUCUCAUCUUUGCAGGCUAUGAGAAAUCAAACAGUGACUACUGAAAUAUUUCAUUUUCCAGUUCAUUUUCCCGAUUAUUCUUGGUCUUUCUUAAAUCCAAACUUUCUAGAUCGUUCAAGUUCAAGCUUUGCUGAUCGAGAGACAAUCAUUAACAAAGCACGGGAGAUGGAGUAUGCAAGAUCAUUGGCACUGGUAAAAUGUAUUGAUUUUUCAAACAACAACUUAGCUGGUGGCAUUCCUCAAAACAUUGGGUUGCUUGAGGGUUUGGUUAUCCUUAAUAUUUCAAGAAACCAUAUUACGGGUGAAAUCCCGAAGAGUUUGGGGAAAAUGGUACAGUUGGAAUCUCUUGAUCUCUCACACAAUCAACUGUCUGGAGAGAUCCCUUUGGAGCUGCAAUCGCUCACAUUCUUGGGCUACUUGGGCUUGUCCCACAAUCAUCUUUCUGGUAAGAUACCGCAAGGGGGACAAUUCUACACGUUUGAGGCAACAUCCUUUUCAAACAAUGCAGACCUGUGCGGCCUCCAACUUAACACAACCUGUUGCGGCCUUCACCAAAAUAAAUCCUGUCCUGCAAGCACUCCGCCAGCGAUUAAUGUUGAUAAGAUAGAUGAUGAUGAGGAUGAAGAUAUAUGGUGGGGAGUUGGCCUGGGAAUUAGCUUUGCAAUCGGAUUUUCUAUUGUAAUUGGAGUGUUGUGUCUUACCACAAACUGGAGUUGUAAAUGCAUCCUCAUGAUGGAUAACAUUAUCAUUUAUCUUUUUGAGAGAUUUCGAAAAUAGCUGUUCUUCCAUGGCUAUGGUAGAAAUUUUCUACAUCCAUGAUAGAAGUAUGUAAGGUGAUUUGUAAGUUGUAGAAGUUAUCUACAACUAUGAUAGAAAUAGAAAUAUGAUAGACUAUAGAGGCAUUAGUUUCUUGUGAUAUAAUGUUGGCCUAUCUAAUAAUAUUGAGGUCAAUCUAGUUUUGUAAGCAUAUGGUUUAUGCAUAUUUUUACUAUAUAAACUUUAAUUUUUGUUUAUA